AUUCCUUCACUCACUCACAGACCUCUUUUUUUCUCAGUAUUAUUCAGUAUCUGAAAAUAAAUAGAGAGUCUCUUCUAGGAUACAUAAAAUAAACCUUUUCAAUAUGUAAAUAUAAAACACGUGUUUUAUAUUUACGAUUUUAGGGUUUUAUGACUUUUUAUUUAAGGUUAAGAGAAGUUGUUAUUACUUCUUAUUUAGUAGAACGUGAAAAUUUGUGUGUUUUUCAAAAAAAAACUUCGAAUUAACAGAGUUUCUGUUUGGGAACCGAGAAAAUUUUGAGAGAGAGAGAGAGAGUGAGUGAGUGAUGCUUGUGGUUGAGGAAUGGAGAUGGUGAAUCCGCAGCCACUGCAAGUGAGGCCAUUGGAGGAGGAGGAGAGAGAGAACCAUCUUGUUCAGGUGCCGAUAGAGAUGGACGGAGACGAAGGUGGAUCCGAAUACGAGUACAUGAAUGGAAGAAGUGCUCAGCACGAGGCUAUGAAUGGUGGAGGAGUAGGAGUUGGAGUUGGAGGAGGAGGAGGAGUAGAAGUGGAGGCUCGUGCCAGUGGCGCUUCUGCUUCUGCUUCGGCUUCUCGCACGAGCGAGCUCACCAUCGCCUUCGAAGGCGAGGUCUACGUUUUCCCAGCGGUUACGCCUGAUAAGGUGCAGGCAGUGCUACUACUACUGGGGGGUUGUGACAUACCCAAUAGUGUCCCUAGCUCUCAGUUUCUGCUACAACAAAAUAGCAAGGGUAUAGGUGAGACCUCACGAGGUUCGAAACUUUCACGAAGGAUUGCAUCUCUUGUUAGGUUCCGUGAAAAGCGGAAAGAGAGAUGUUUUGAAAAGAAAAUCCGGUACACGUGUCGAAAAGAGGUUGCUCAAAGGAUGCAUCGUAAGAAUGGGCAGUUUGCAUCGUUGAAGAAUUCAUUUAAAGUAGCUGGUGAAAAUUGGGAUUCAAGUGAUGGCACGCCUUGUCCUGCACCUAUUUUACGUAGAUGCCAACAUUGUGGGAUUAGUGAAAAGUCUACUCCAGCAAUGCGUCGGGGGCCAGCUGGUCCAAGAUCCCUUUGCAAUGCUUGUGGGCUGAUGUGGGCAAACAAGGGAACCUUGAGAGAUCUUACAAAAGCUGGAAGGACUAUUUCUUUUGACCAAAAUGAACCUGAAACUCCAGCUGAUAUUAAGCCUUCAACCAUGGAACCUGAGAAUUCCUAUGCCAAUCAGGAUGAGCAGGGAAGCCCAGAUGACAAUAAGCCUGUACUUUUGGAUCCUGAAAAUCCUUCUAUGAGGUUGGGUGAGCAGGAUUUCCUGGACGUUGCUGAAGCUGUUACCGAACAUCUGUCCAUCCAAUUGGAUAAUCCAUCCAUUGGCCUUGAUGAGCAGGAAACUCUUGAUGAACUUGCAAAUGCUUCUGGGACGGAAUUUGAGAUUCCUGAGAAUUUUGAUGAUCAGGUUGACAUCGAUGAUUCCAGCAUGGUGACUGACUGGCCAAGGAGUUGAAGAAAAUGCCAUGUGCCCAUAAUAUGAUCUCUAGUAAGUGCAUAUGGUCUGUUCUUGACCGGGUUGCUGGUGCAUUGCUUUUUUCAACUAACAUUAGAUAUCCCAGAUAUGUUUUUAUGUUCAUAGACAGAUUUCCCUUGUGGAUGCGAGUUGUACAACACAGAUUUUACUUGUGAGUCGCUGUACAUCAUAUUGAAAUCAUAUAAUGUGAAUAAGCUGUUCCUUUUUC